GUCCCUGGAGCUGUGACAGACACACCUGAGGGUCCCUGGAGCCAAGGAAAACCCACCUGAGAGUCCCUGGAGCUGUGACAGACACACCUGAGGGUCCCUGGAGCCAAGGAACACCCACUGAGGGUCCCUGGAGCUGUGACAGACACACCUGAGGGUCUCUGGAGCUGUGACAGACACACCUGAGGGUCCCUGCAUGGAGACCCCCACGGUGCCACCCGCCAUGGACGUGGACAAAGCCGUGGCCACGGCCUUCGUGGUGCUGCUGGGGCUCUUCCUCCUGGCCAUGACCGUGCGCUGCGCCCGGCUCGUGGUGGAUCCCUACAGCGCCAUUCCCACCUCCACCUGGGAGGAGGAACCCAUCAACUGA